CUGCCAACCUCACCAGCGCCGUUCAGGAAUUCUGGGAGUAAGAACAAGUCGUUUUAUUUCAAUUUUUUAUUUUGAUAUGCAUGGUAUUUUGGCUGUGGUUGGACCAUGCAGUGUUACUGGUGUAAAACAAUGAGUCAUGGGGUUGAAAAAUAAUUCAUGAAUACAUUUCAUUGACUGGUAGAUUGGUUGAUUGAUUGAUUGUGUUGUCCUAUAGACGUAACAUGCACCAGUUGACAGACGGUCUGGAGAAGCCUGGGGAGAUCAGAGCGCCUCUGGCCAUCACGCUGGCCAUCGCCUGGGUCCUCGUCUAUUUCUGUAUCUGGAAAGGUGUCGCCUGGACCGGGAAGGUAGGAGGCUGCCACCGACUAAAUUGAUAGGGUAGGGGCUUAAGAUGCUAAAUCCACUUGGGAAUCUUGACAUUCGAUUUUGUCUGCCAUAUUGGAUUUUGGAGGAUAAUCCAACAUGCCCCCCCCCCCCCUGGUUUAUUUGCAAACGUAGGAGGCAUGGCUACAGAUUCAAAAUCCAUAGAGAGACCUUUGACUGGAAAAAAAUUACAGUUGAUCUGUGCCUGGGCCCUGUCUCUAAUAACGAGUAUUAAGUAGUUAAAUGCAUCUGUUAAAGGUCAACUGCCCCUUACAACCAACUUGUCUGGUUUUUAACGGCCUAUGUGGCAUCGAUAUGAGUCAGAAACAUUAACAGAAACAUGAAUAAAAGCCAGUGACUUCAAAGUGUAAAUAGGAUAAUUUUGGUCAUAAAGUCGGUCUUGUCCAAAACUGAAUUUUGUAAGUGAGUUCAUCACGACUUAUUGGAGGGUAGGGUAGGGAGUACGAUCAUGCACACUUGCCCAGUGUCCACUGACACGAGAGAAGCAGUGCUGAUUUGCGCUCUAUCAACUGGUUGCGCGCUAUCCAAUCAUAGAAGCCAGAACCUCCAGAAAGUGAGACAGACCUGCCCAGUACGCAGCGCCUCAGACUUUUACAAAAGACAACACGUCACCAAUGUUAUGUUGAAAUAACCCUAGGCCCUAAGCCCUUUAUGGACUGAUCACUCGCUGAUGUGUUUGACAGUGUCAAUCACUCAAGUCUGCAACUAUUUUUUUGGGGGGGGGCAAAAUGAGAAUUGAGACGAUCAGAGAGAGCACUUGUAUCCCAACUGCAACUUGUUUUGUAAUAUGAUUCCCUAUUAAACACUACCAGACAGACACACACUCUGGUAAUUGAUAGUGAGAAAGUUGUAAAAACGCACACAAGUCGCCACUCGCCAGUGACUUGAUAAGCUGAUUGUGGCCUGGCUGCUCAAUGUGCCUGCUAGCUGCUGACUAUUUUAAAGAAGUGACUAUUUUGAGGAAGUGGCUAUGUUGUUGCUACGUUGAAUCAGGAGGGACAAACAACAGUACCUGCCAUGGGUACGAUAUGCGAACAUAAUCCACCCACCCACAUCAAACCAAACCCCCAAGACAACUCUAGUUUGGCUUCAGUCAUGGCAGUUAAAUGACCAAAUCUCACUCUAGUGGCCUCAUGGGUGGAAUGUUAUUAAUAUAUUUCAUUAUUUCAUAAUUAAUCCACUUUUUUUUCUCAACUUUGAAAAUCUGGUGUUUCUACAGUGGCUUGCGAAAGUAUUCACCCACCUUGGCAUUUUUCCUAUUUUGUUGCCUUACAACCUGGAAUUAAAAUGGAUUUUUUUGGGGGGGCUUGUAUCAUUUGAUUUACACAACAUGCCUACUUUGAAGAUGCAACAUUUAUUUUUUAUUGUGAAACAAACAAGAAAUAAGACAUAAAAACAGAAAACUUGAGCGUGCAUAACUAUUCUAAACCCCCCCCCCCCCCCCACAAAGCCAAAACUUUGUAGAGCCACCUUUUGCCGUAAUUACAGCUGCAAGUCUCUUGGGGUAUGUCUCUAUAAGCUUGGCACAUCUAGCCACUGGGAUUUUUGCCUAUUCUUCAAGGCAAAACUGCUCCAGCUCCUUCAAGUUGGAUGGGUUCUACUGGUGUACAGCAAUCUUUAAGUCAUACCACAGAUUCACAAUUGGAUUGAGGUCUGGGCUUUGACUAGGCCCUUCCAAGACAUUUAAAUGUUUCCCCUUAAACCACUAAAGUGUUACUUUAGCAGUAUGCUUAGGGUCAUUGUCCUGCUGGAAGGUGAACCUCCGUCCCAGUCUCAAAUCUCUGGAAGACUGAAACAGGUUUCCCUCAAGAAUUUCCCUGUAUUUAGUGCAAUCCAUCAUUCCUUCAAUUCUGACCAGUUUCCCAGUCCCUGCCGAUGAAAAACAUUACAUUUACAUUUUAGUCAUUUAGCAGACGCUCUUAUCCAGAGCGACUUACAGUUAGUGAAUACAUGUUUUAUUUAAUUUUUUAUACUGGCCCCCCGUGGGAAUCGAACCCACAACCAUGGCGUUGCAAACGCCAUGCUCUAUCAACUGAGCUACAUCCCUGCUGGCCAUUCCUUCCCCUACCCUGGAUGACGCUGGGCCAAUUGUGCGCCGCCCAUGAGUCUCCCGGUCGCGGCCGGCUGCGACAGAGCCUGGAUUCGAACCAGGAUCUCUAGUGGCACAGUUAGCACUGCGAUGCAGUGCCUUAGACCACUGCGCCACUCAGGACACCACAGCAUGAUGCUGCCACCACCAUGCUUCACUGUGGGGAUUGUGUUCUCGGGGUGAUGAGAGGUAUUGGGUUUGAGCCAGACAUAGCGGUUUCCUUGAUGGCCAAAAAGCUCAAUUUUAGUCUCAUCUGACCAGAGUACCUUCUUCAAUAUGUUUGGGGAGUCUCCCACAUGGCUUUUGGCCAACACCAAACGUGUUUGCUUAUUUAUUUCUUUAAGCAAUGGCUUUUUUCUGGCCACUCUUCCAUAAAGCCCAGCUCUGUGGAGUGUACGGCUUAAAGUGGUCCUAUGGACAGAUACUCCAAUCUCCGCUGUGGAGCUUUGCAGCUCCUUCAGGGUUAUCUUUGGUCUCAUUGUUGCCUCUCUGAUUAAUGCCCUCCUUGCCUGGUCCGUGCAUUUUGGUGGGCGGCCCUCUCUUGGCAGGUUUGUUGUGGUGCCAUAUUCUUUCCAUUUUUUAAUAAUGGAUUUAAUGGUGCUCUGUGGGUUUCUGAUAUUUUUUAUAACCCAACCCUGAUCUGUACUUCUCCACAACUUUGUCCUUGACCUGUUUGGAGAGCUCCUUGUUCUUCAUGGUGCCGCUUGCUUGGUGGUGCCCCUUGCUUAGUGGUGUUGCAGACUCUGGGGCCUUUCAGAACAGGUGUCUAUAUACUGAGAUCAUGUGACCGAUCAUGUGACACUUAGAUUGCACACAGGUGGACUUUAUUUAACUAAUUAUGUGACUUCUGAAGGUAAUUGGUUGCACCAGAUCUUAUUUAGGGGCUUCAUAGCAAAGGGGGUGAAUACAUAUGCACGCACCACUUUUCCGUUAUUUAUUUUGUAUACAUUUUUGAAACAAGUUAUUUUGACUAUUUUGUGAAAUCCAAAUAAAAAUACAUUUAAAUUACAGGUUGUAAUGCAACAAAAUAUGAAAAACGCCAAGGGGGAUGAAUACUUUUGCAAGGCACUGUAGAAAAUCCGGUGUUUCUAUGUCAAACGGUUUUGUUAUAUUCCAGUCUUCUGUGAUGUAUAUAAAGUAUAAUAUUGGGAUGCAAACUCAAAAUGUAAUAUAUUUCAACUCUACAGUGAGGGAAAAAAGUAUUUGAUCCCCUGCUGAUUUUGUACUUUUGCCCACUGACAAAGAAAUGAUCAGUCUAUAAUUUUAAUGGUAGGUUUAUUUGAACAGUGAGAGACAGAAUAACAACAAAAAAAUCCAGAAAAACGCAUGCCAAAAAUGUUAUAAAUUGAUUUGCAUUUUAAUGAGGGAAAUACGUAUUUGACCCCCUCUCAAUGAGAAAGAUUUCUGGCUCCCAGGUGUUUUUUAUAAAGGUAACGAGCUGAGAUUAGGAGCACACUCUUAAAGGGAGUGCUCCUAAUCUCAGUUUGUCACCUGUAUAAAAGACACCUGUCCACAGAAGCAAUCAAUCAAUCAGAUUCCAAACUCUCCACCUUGGCCAAGACCAAAGAGCUCUCCAAGGAUGUCAGGGACAAGAUUGUAGACCUACACAAGGCUGGAAUGGGCUACAAGACCAUCGCCAAGCAGUUUGGUGAGAAGGUGACAACAGUUGGUGCGAUUAUUCGCAAAUGGAAGAAACACAAAAUAACUGUCAAUCUCCCUCGGCCUGGGGCUCCAUGCAAGAUCUCACCUUGUGGAGUUGCAAUGAUCAUGAGAACGGUGAGGAAUCAGCCCAGAACUACACGGGAGGAUCUUGUCAAUGAUCUCAAGGCAGCUGGGACCAUAGUCACCAAGAAAACAAUUGGUAACACACUACGCCGUGAAGGACUGAAAUCCUGCAGCGCCCGCAAGGUCCCCCUGCUCAAGAAAGCACAUAUACAGGCCCGUCUGAAGUUUGCCAAUGAACAUCUGAAUGAUUCAGAGGAGAGCUGGGUGAAAGUGCUGUGGUCAGAUGAGACCAAAAUUGAGCUCUUUGGCAUCAACUCAACUCACCGUGUUUUGAGGAGGAGGAAUGCUGCCUAUGACCCCAAGAACACCAUCCCCACCGUCAAACAUGGAGGUGGAAACAUUAUGCUUUGGGGGUGUUUUUCUGCUAAGGGGACAGGACAACUUCACCGCAUCAAAGGGACGAUGGACAGGGCCAUGUACCGUCAAAUCUUGGGUGAGAACCUCCUUCCCUCAGCCAGGGCAUUGAAAAUGGAUCGUGGAAGGGUAUUCCAGCAUGACAAUGACCCAAAACACACGGCCAAGGCAACAAAGGAGUGGCUCAAGAAGAAGCACAUUAAGGUCCUGGAGUGGCCUAGCCAGUCUCCAGACCUUAAUCCCAUAGAUAAUCUGUGGAGGGAGCUAAGGGUUCGAGUUGCCAAAUGUCAGCCUCGAAACCUUAAUGACUUGUAGAAGAUCUGCAAAGAGGAGUGGGACAAAAUCCCUCCUGAGAUGUGUGCAAACCUGGUGGCCAACUACAAGAAACAUCUGACCUCUGUGAUUGCCAACAAGGGUUUUGCCACCAAGUACUAAGUCAUGUUUUGUAGAGGGGUCAAAUAUUUAUUUCCCUCAUUAAAAUGCAAAUCAAUUUAUAACAUUUUUGACAUGCGUUUUUCUGGAUUUUUGUUGUUGUUAUUCUGUCUCUCACUGUUCAAAUAAACCUACCAUUAAAAUGAUAGACUGAUCAUGUCUUUGUCAGUGGGCAAACGUACAAAAUCAGCAGGGGAUCAAACAUUUUUUCCCCUCACUGUAUAUCUGACAUGGUACAGGUGUCCUCUUUUUUUAAAGUCCAUAACCAUGUGUGUGAGGUGUAUACUUUUGUUUCAAAGUAGAUUUGUUUAAGACUACCAAGAAACACAGUGUCACCCUGAUUUAGCCCUCUGCAAUAAAUGAAUGAGAAAUCUUCAAAACUAGGCCAAAUCAGGAAGUACAGUCACCCUUUAAGUCGGUGUUUGCAUAAUUCCAUUGUUUUGUAUUCUAACGAGUGUCUCCCUCGCUCCCUGUUUCAGGUGGUGUACUUCUCAGCAACGUACCCCUACUUCAUGCUCUUCAUCCUCUUCUGCCGCGGCAUCACUCUCCCCGGAGCCAUCGAUGGAAUCCUCUUCUAUAUCACGCCCAACUUUGAAAAGCUCAAAGAAUCAGAGGUAGCUAGCCUUUAUCAGUGAACAACAAAUACAGAGCGAGGAAGGAUGCUGAUUGCUGUAUGUGAUGCUGUGAUUUGCAGUGUGUUUUGACUUGCAGUGUGUUUUGACUUGCAGUGUGUUUUGACUUGCAGUGCGUUUUGACUUGCAGUGCAUUUUGACAUACUGUGUGUUUUGACUUGCAGUGCGUUUUGACUUGCAGUGUGUUUUGACUUGCAGUGCAUUUUGACUUGCAGUGUGUUUUGACUUGCAGUGCGUUUUGACUUUCAGUGCGUUUUGACUUGCAGUGUGUUUUGACUUGCAGUGCAUUUUGACUUGCAGUGCAUUUUGACUUGCAGUGUGUUUUGACUCUCUGUCUCUGUUCUUGUCAGGUGUGGUUGGAUGCUGCCACUCAGAUCUUUUUUUCUUAUGGGCUGGGUCUGGGAUCACUGAUCGCUCUGGGAAGCUACAACCCCUUCAAUAAUAAUGUUUACAGGUAGGUUUAUAUCUUUAAUACCUCUCAAUCCAGCUCUUUACUGCAGCUUAUAUUCUGCCUCUGCCAAUGAUGUGUGGACCUAUGUCAAUGGAUUAUUCUGCUGUAAGAUAGAGGUGAGAGAGAGAGAGAAUGAGAGAGUGAGAGAGAGAAAGAGAGAGAGAAUGAGAGAGAGAGAGAGAGAGAUGAGAGAAGAUGAAGACGAAAUGGACGAGAGAGAAGAGAGACGAGAUAGUAGAGAGACGAGAGAGAGAAGCAGAGGAAGAUAUCUAAGAGAGAUCGAGAGCUACGAGCUAGCUCUGUACUCUAGCUCUCAGAGCGCUCGAUCGCUCCUCUCGAUCAUCUAUAUCGAACUCUCUCCUGCUCUCUCGCUGCUCUAUCUCUCUCUCUUCUCUCUCUCGUUCUCUAUCUCAUGCACAUCCCUCUCAUCGAAUUCUCUCAUUCUCUCUCUCCUUAGCAUCUCUCUCUCCUCCUCUCUCCUCCCUCCUCUCCUCCAUCUGCACCUCCCUCGCUCCUCCUCUCCUCCUCCCUCUGCUACUCUCCUCCAAUGAAUCGACGGUAUAAACUCCCAAUCUCUGACAUGCCAUGGUCAUCCAUUCUUGCAUACCUCUCUGCUCCAUGCAAAUCUCAUCCUGCCAUCCCUCACUCCCUCCCUCCCUCCCUCCCUCCCUCCCCUCCCUCCCUCCCUCCCCUCCCCUCCCUCCCUCCCUCCCUCCCUCCCUCCCUUCCAAAGGAAAUGCGCUGUGGUUUGAUAAGGCUUCCAUAUCAGUGUGCCAACAGCCAUUCCAAUCCAUGCUUUGUCUUUCUCUCUCCCUGCAGAGAUUCUGUCAUUGUGUGCUGCAUCAACUCGUUCACCAGCAUGUUCGCUGGCUUGGUCAUCUUCUCCAUUGUGGGCUUCAUGGCCAACGUGACUAAGAGACCUAUAAUAGAAGUAGCAGCCUCAGGUAAUCACUAUUGCUAUUGCUAAUUGCUAUUAUAUAGAUAUAGAUAUAUAGACUAUUGAUGUGGAUCUUAGUGGAACAAUAAAGCAUUUAAUGCUACGAUUUACACGAUACACGAUUUCGCCAAGUUUUUUCCAUCCCAGACUAAUUUUCAUGAUUGGGGUGAAAUCCUAUAAACUGUUUUUAAGAUACCAAGGAUCAUUUAGCUAUUGGAUUAAAAAUUUUGGACACUUUUUUUUUGUUGAUGAAACAUUGAAUAUGGCCUUACUGCUAUUAACCCAUAGAAAUGCAUUGAAUAACAGCUUCACACAUGGAUUAACAGAUAGUCCCCCAAAAAAAUCUAAAGGAAAUUUGUUCUGAAGUUUCUGUCCUAUAUCUGAGAGAUACAUGUGAAAGAUCAGGAAACUAUAUACACUACCGUUCAAAAGUUUGGGGUCACUUAGAAAUGUCCUUGUUUUCCAUGAAAACAUACAGUGGGGAAAAAAAGUAUUUAGUCAGCCACCAAUUGUGCAAGUUCUCCCACUUAAAAAGAUGAGAGAGGCCUGUAAUUUUCAUCAUAGGUACACGUCAACUAUGACAGACAAAUUGAGAUUUUUUUUCUCCAGAAAAUCACAUUGAAAUCAAUCACUUUGAUUUGUUACUUUGGUCCCAGCUCUCUGCAGGUCAUUCACUAGGUCCCCCCGUGUGGUUCUGGGAUUUUUGCUCACCGUUCUUGUGAUCAUUUUGACCCCACGGGGUGAGAUCUUGCGUGGAGCCCCAGAUCGAGGGAGAUUAUCAGUGGUCUUGUAUGUCUUCCAUUUCCUAAUAAUUGCUCCCACAGUUGAUUUCUUCAAAUCAAGCUGCUUACCUAUUGCAGAUUCAGUCUUCCCAGCCUGGUGCAGGUUUACAAUUUUGUUUCUGGUGUCCUUUGACAGCUCUUUGGUCUUGGUCAUAGUGGAGUUUGGAGUGUGACUGUUUGAGGUUGUGGACAGGUGUCUUUUAUACUGAUAACAAGUUCAAACAGGUGCCAUUAAUACAGGUAACGAGUGGAGGACAGAGGAGCCUCUUAAAGAAGAAGUUACAGGUCUGUGAGAGCCAGAAAUCUUGCUUGUUUGUAGGUGACCAAAUACUUAUUUUCCACCAUAAUUUGCAAAUAAAUUCCUAAAAAAUCCUACAAUGUGCUUUUCUGGAUUUUUUUUCCUCAUUUUGUCUGUCAUAGUUGACGUGUACCUAUGAUGAAAAUUACAGGCCUCUCUCAUCUUUUUAAGUGGGAGAACUUGCACAAUUGGUGGCUGACUAAAUACUUUUUUCCCCCACUGUACAUGAAAUGAGUUUGAAUAGGAAAUAAAGCAAAAUGAAUAGGAAAUGUAGUCAUUGACAAGGUUAGAAAUAAUGAUUUUUAAUUGAAAUAAUAAUUGUGUCCUUCAAACUUUGCUUUCAUCAAAUAAUCCUCCAUUUGCAGCAAUUACAGCCUUGCAGACCUUUGGCAUUCUAGUUGUCAAUUUGUUGAGGUAAUCUGAAGAGAUGUCAACCCAUGCUUACUGAAGCAUGUCCCACAAGUUGGAUUGGCUUGAUGGGCACUGCUUACGUACCAUACGGUCAAGCUGCUCCCACAACAGCUCAAUAGGGUUGAGAUCCGGUGACUGUGCUGGCCACUCCAUUAUAGACAGAAUACCAGCUGACUGCUUCUUCCCUAAAUAGUUAUUGCAUAGUUUGGAGCUGUGCUUUGGGUCAUUGUCCUGUUAUAGGAGGAAAUUGGCUCCAAUCAAGCGCCGUCCACAGGGUAUGGCAUGGCGUUGCAAAAUGGAGUGAUAGCCUUUCUUCUUCAAGAUCCCUUUUACCCUGUACAAAUCUCCCACUUUACCACCACCAAAGCACCCCCAGACCAUCACAUUGCCUCCACCAUGCUUGACAGAUGGCAUCAAGCACUCCUCCAGCAUCUUUUCAUUUGCUCUGCGUCUCACAAAUGUUCUUCUUUGUGAUCCGAAAACCUCAAACUUCGAUUCGUCUGUCCAUAACACUUUUUUCCAAUCUUCCUCUGUCCAGUGUCUGUGUUCUUUUUCCCAUUUUAAUCUUUUAUUUUUAUUGGCCAGUCUGAGAUAUGGCUUUUUCUUUGCAACUCUGCCUAGAAGGUCAGCAUCCCGGAGUCGCCUCUUCACUGUUGACGUUGAGACUGGUGUUUUGCGGGUACUAUUUAAUGAAGCUGCCAGUUGAGGACCUAUGAGGUGUCUGUUUCUCAAACUAGACACUAAUGUAUUUGUCCUCUUGCUCAGUUGUGCACUGGGGCCUCCCACUCCUCUUUCUAUUCUGGUUAGAGCCAGUUUGCGCUGUUCUGUGAAGGGAGUAGUACACAGCGUUGUACGAGAUCUUCAGUUUCUUGGCAAUUUCUCGCAUGGAAUAGCCUUCAUUUCUCAGAACAAGAAUAGACUGACGAGUUUCAGAAGAAAGUUAUUUGUUUCUGGCCAUUUUGAGGCUGUAAUCGAACCCACAAUUGCUGAUGCUCCAGAUACUCAACUAGUCUCAAGAAGGCCAGUUUUAUUGCUUCUUUAAUCAGCACAACAGUUUUCAGCUGUGCUAACGUAAUUGCAAAAUGGUUUUCUAAUGAUCAAUUAGCCUUUUAAAAUGAUAAACUUGGAUUAGCAAACACAACGUGCCAUUGGAACACAGGGCUGAUGGUUUCUGAUAAUGGGCCUCUGUACGCCUAUGUAGAUAUUCCAUUAAAAAUCACCCGUUUCCAGCAACAAUAGCCAUUUACAACAUGUGUCUACACUGUAUUUGUCAAGCGUGCUGUAGGUGGGUGUAGUGGUGGAAUCAAGCGCAGGACACCGAAGUAUAGUCCAAAAGACUUUAGUAAUAUUUCCAACAAGGAAAAUAUGAACACACGUGCCCGAAGGCGAAAUUACGCACGAAGGCGACAAAAUAACGGCGCACUAAACAUGUGCGAAAAACGUUCCAACGUAGUGGAGUGCAGCUCAACCGAGCGAGAAUGCAACAAACAAGCAACACAACGACAGCAAAAUAUUCAAUAACACACAACACUAGACAAACACAACGAGAAACUUAUAAGACACUAAUUACGCUAAACGAGAAACAGGUGUCACAACAAACAGACAAAAGCAAACGAACAUGAAACAUACAACGGUGGCAGCUAGUAUUCCGGAGACAACGAACGCCGAAGCCUGCCCGAACAAGGAAGAGAGGCAGCCUCGGCCGAAACCGUGACAGUAUUUCUGAUCAAUUUGAUGUUAUUUUAAUGGACAAAAAAAAUGCUUUUCUUUCGAAAACAAGGACAUUUCUAAGUGAUCUCAAAUUUUUGAACGGUAGUGUAUAUAUCAAUUAUUAUUAUUAUAUACAUUUAUUUUUUUACCCCUUAUUUUAGGCACUAAACUAUCUCCAAAUAUGCUUCCAUUAGUUUUUUUAACCGGUAACAGGCUACCUUCAGGAUAGUCUUGUGAAGCUUGUGGGCGUCCUAGAGCAAAAUGUACGCAUCCUAGACAUGUACGUGUUCGCGAGAAUCACACCUUUCCACAGAGAGGUCAUAUUAGUGUGUAGCCCAAACCGUUCAGACGCUUCAGACGAGUCCCGUGACGCUUGUGGGGGUCGUAGAGGAAAACGUAGUUGAAGCUUGCGGGGCUUCGGAAAAUCGACUCGGGGGGUUGGUUUAAAAAAUCAGAUUUUAAGAAGAUACAUUUUUGAAACAGGAGAGGUUUAGCCAUGAUUUCAUGGCUGUGGUAACUAGUGGCUACCCAACACGCACCGUGAGGACCGAGGUAAUGGAAGACAGAUUGGUGGAGCUUUAGAGAGAACGCUCCAGAAGCCUUUUCAAUAAUAAAAGUUUUAUAACACCUCCAAUCCUUUAUGUAGAAUAUAAAGUCCAUACUGGUCACAUCUGACCAACCAUUCUGAAUUGGAGGUGUUGUGUUGCCCGUGUAAACGCAGCGAAUGCUAUAUAAAUAAAUAAAUUGCCUAUACCUGUGAGCCAUCAAGUGAUUUACCGGAACACAUAGCAAUGGUACCGUAGUACCGUAGGUUCUCAUUGAACAUGCCAGGAUUAGGCUUAAUCUGGGUCCAGGAAGGAAACCGGUCCUUAGAGCAAAUCCUUGCAACCCAUACCUAUGAGGCAUUUAAGUGAGUUUUUUAAAACACUAUCCUAUAUGUGUAUUUUAAACAGGACCGGGAGGUAUAAGGUUGUCACAUCCCGUCUCUGACUGCCUGUCUGUGUUGUGUUGCAGGUCCAGGCUUGGCGUUCUUGGCCUACCCAGAGGCAGUAACCCAGCUGCCCAUCUCUCUGACUGCCUGUCUGUGUUGUGUUGCAGGUCCAGGCUUGGCGUUCUUGGCCUACCCAGAGGCAGUAACCCAGCUGCCCAUCUCUCUGACUGCCUGUCUGUGUUGUGUUGCAGGUCCAGGCUUGGCGUUCUUGGCCUACCCAGAGGCAGUAACCCAGCUGCCCAUCUCUCUGACUGCCUGUCCGUGUUGUGUUGCAGGUCCAGGCUUGGCGUUCUUGGCCUACCCAGAGGCAGUAACCCAGCUGCCCAUCUCUCUGACUGCCUGUCCGUGUUGUGUUGCAGGUCCAGGCUUGGCGUUCUUGGCCUACCCAGAGGCAGUAACCCAGCUGCCCAUCUCUCUGACUGCCUGUCUGUGUUGUGUUGCAGGUCCAGGCUUGGCGUUCUUGGCCUACCCAGAGGCAGUAACCCAGCUGCCCAUCUCUCUGACUGCCUGUCUGUGUUGUGUUGCAGGUCCAGGCUUGGCGUUCUUGGCCUACCCAGAGGCAGUAACCCAGCUGCCCAUCUCUCUGACUGCCUGUCUGUGUUGUGUUGCAGGUCCAGGCUUGGCGUUCUUGGCCUACCCAGAGGCAGUAACCCAGCUGCCCAUCUCUCCUCUUUGGGCGAUACUGUUCUUCUCUAUGCUGCUGAUGCUGGGCAUCGACAGUCAGGUGAGGGAACAACAGCCAUUUGGAGUUCAUGUGUUGUGUUGUCCUGUGUUGUUGUGUUGUCCUGUGUUUGUUGUGUUGUCCUGCGUUGUUGUGUUGUUGUGUUGUUGUGUUGUUUUGUCCUGUGUUGUUGUGUUGCCCUGCGUUGUUGUGUUGUUGUGUUGUUGUGUUGUUUUGUCCUGUGUUGUUGUGUUGUUUUGUCCUGUGUUGUUGUGUUGUGUUUGUCCUGUAUUGUGAUGUGUUGUGUUGUCCUGCGUUGUUGUUUUGUUGUGUUGUUGUGUUGUUUUGUCCUGUGUUGUUGUGUUGUUUUGUCCUGUGUUGUUGUGUUGUGUUGUCCUGUAUUGUGAUGUGUUGUGUUGUCCUUUGUUCUGUUGUUGUGUUGUGUUGUCCUGUAUUGUGAUGUGUUGUGUUGUCCUGUGUUGUGUUGUGUUGUUGUGUUGUGUUGGACCAUGGAUGUACAGUAGUAUUAUCCAUCCAAUGCAGUGCUUGACUUGGUUGAGCUAAAGGAUUGCAAUACGUUUUGGCUAAUAUUCUACUAGAGGUGCAGGAACUUAAGCAGUAGAACAUGUCAGGUGCAGGAAUUCAGUUCAAGUCGAGCACUGAUCUAAUGUAUCUAACCUAAGGGGUAUACUGCAAAGGAGGAUCAAGGAGUUAGCCAGCUAACUUACCUUUUAAUUUUUCAGAAAGAUUAAUUUGAAAUUGACAUAAUCUAAUUGAUUCAACAAACGAAAAAUACAUAUCUAACUAAGCUUAGCUUUUUUAAUUAACCAUAAAAUCAAUAGUUAUUUCUGGUUGCUUAUCAAAGUUAGCUGACCAACUCAUUGAAUCUGCUUUGUAGUAUAUCCCUGUAGUAGUGUACUGUGGAGGAAUAGUAUUAUCUAAUGUGUUGUGUAGUAGUGUACUGUGGAGGUACAGUAUUCCCAGCAAACCAAAAUUGGUUCUGUGAAAGUUCCCAGAACAUUUGUUACGUUGCGUCAAAUGUUCUCAUAACACAAAAACUGUUCAGUUGUGAUGAUGAUUAUACAAUGUUUGUAUAAAACAUUCGACUGAUGUUGUAAGAAUGUUCCCAGAACACAUUUUGUCUGUUUGUGUUAUUACGUUACCUGGAAACCUAAUGAGAACGUUUGGGGAAUGUUCUGUGGUGGUUUUUACAGAUGUUGUGUACAACAGUUUAGUGAAUGUUAGGAUAACGUUCUGAUGACAUUUAAUUACAUAAAAAAAAAAAAAAUCAGAUUGUUAUCUAAAACAUUCUUUGAAUGUUUUUUUUGGGAUGUUAUCAUCCUAACGUUAGAUAAAAACCCUAACUAGAACUUAAUGGGAAUCUUAGCUAAUGUUCUUGGAAUGUUCCCAGUUUGCUGGGUUAUCUAAUAUCGUUAUCUUCUGUGUAGUUCUGCACGGUGGAGGGCUUCAUCACUGCGUUGGUGGAUGAGUUCCCCAGGGCUCUGAGAGGAAGAAGAGAACUCUUCAUCGCUGCCGUCUGCCUGGUGUCUUAUAUCAUCGGCCUGUCCAACAUCACACAGGUACAGUACACACACACACACAGGUACGGUACACACACACACACAGGUACGGUACACACACACACACAGGUACGGCACACACACACACACAGGUACGGCACACACACACACACAGGUACGGCACACACACACACACAGGUACGGCACACACACACACACAGGUACGGUACACACACACACACAGGUACGGCACACACACACACAGGUACGGCACACACACACACACAGGUACGGCACACACACACAAAUACGUCUUUAUCUUGUUGUCUGGACAUUGCUUCAGCCAGAAAACCAGAUUUCAACCAGAAAAUGAUGUCACUAAUGUCCCAUGUCAGAUAUUGCCAGCUGGGAUUGGUCUUCAUGGUGUAUUGUAUAGGGGGGGGGGGGAAAGUGCUCUGUCAUGGUUCACUUGAGGUAACUGGGUUCACUUGUAUUGUGAUGUAAUGGCAGUGUAGUUAACUUUAUCUGUGUUUAUCUAUCAGUUAGAUAGAUGUACUUAUACUUUAUCUGUGUAAUGUACUCUGGUCAGUUGAGACUAAAAUUGAGCUUUUUGGCCAUCAAGGAAAACACUAUGUCUGGCACAAACCCAACACCUUUCAUCACCCCGAGAACACCAUCCCCACAGUGAAGCAUGGUGGUGGCAGCAUCAUGCUGUGGGGAUGUUUUUCAUCGGCAGGGACUGGGAAACUGGUCAGAAUUGAAGGAAUGAUGGAUGACGCUAAAUACAUUUUUGAGGGAAACCUGUUUCAGUCUUCCAGAGAUUUGAGACUGGGAUGGAGGUUCACCUUCCAGCAGGACAAUGACCCUAAGCAUACUGCUAAAGCAACACUCGAGUGGUUUAAGGGGAAACAUUGAAAUGUCUUGGAAUGGCCUAGUCAAAGCCCAGACCUCAAUCCAAUUGAGAAUCUGUGGUAUGACUUAAAGAUUGCUGUACACCAGCGGAACCCAUCCAACUUGAAGGAGCUGGAGCAGUUUUGCCUUGAAGAAUGGGCAAAAAUCCCAGUGGCUAGAUGUGCCAAGCUUAUAAAGACAUACCCCAAGCGACUUGCAGCUGUAAUUGCUGCAAAAGGUGGCUCUACAAAGUAUUGACUUUGGGGGGGGUGAAUAGUUAUGCACGCUCAAGUUUUCAGUUUUUUUGUUUCACACACAAAAAAAUUGCAUCUUCAAAGUGGUAGGCAUGUUGUGUAAAUCAAAUGAUACAAACCCCCCAAAAAUCAAUUUUAAUUCCAGGUUGUAAGGCAACAAAAUAGGGAAAAUGCCAAGGGGGGGUGAAUACUUUCGCAAGCCACUCUAUAUCAUCUUUAAGUCCGUGUUCAUUUUCCCUCAGUACAAUAAUAUUACUUUAAUAAGUUGUGUUGAAAUCCAUUCCUGUAUCUGAUCAGAUGACGUAAUGUAGUCAGUCUACCGCGUCAUUCUAACUCAUUCAUCCACGAGCUCCCUCUUCCCCCCCGGGCUCUUUCACAGGAUCAAGCCAGGGGAAAACGAUGAUGUCUUCUCAAGCUCCACAUCCCAAACUCUAAGGUCCAGAACUCUCCUCCUAAACCGUCGUCUACUCACUGAUGUAGCGUGGCCACUGACCAAUCACUGAACGCUCCAAGUCACCCCUCUAGUCCCCUGCUUGUAUGAAACACUACCCACCCCAUUGCACCGCUCUUCACAGCAUCAUCACAUCUGUCACUGGAGAUUCAUGUCUGCAUUCUUCUUGGAUUGAAUCAAUCGGCCUAAUCAGUUGUUCAGCUCUGCAGUUCCAGUCUACCCUGCACUAGAGCUGGGCUCCAGAGCCCUGAACCUCCCAGCCCUGAACGUCCCGGCCCUGAACGUCCCGGCCCUGAACUUCCCGGCCCUGAACUUCCCAGCCCUGAACUUCCCAGCCCUGAACUUCCCAGCCCUGAACGUCCCAGCCCUGAACGUCCCGGCCCUGAACGUCCCAGCCCUGAACUUCCCGGCCCUGAACGUCCCAGCCCUGAACGUCCCAGCCCUGAACGUCCCAGCCCUGAACGUCCCAGCCCUGAACGUCCCAGCCCUGAACUUCCCAGCCCUGAACGUCCCAGCCCUGAACGUCCCAGCCCUGAACUUCCCAGCCCUGAACUUCCCAGCCCUGAACGUCCCAGCCCUGAACUUCCCAGCCCUGAACGUCCCAGCCCUGAACGUCCCAGCCAUGAGCCUCCUAGCCCUGAGCCUCCCAGGCACGCAAGCAGGCAGCUAGGCAGGCAAGCACAUAGGCUACAUCACAUCAGAUUGGUUCUAUCUUCUAUCCUGUAUCCCCCCCAUCCCUCCCUGACUUGCUGGUAUCUUUCUGCCUCUCUCUGCACACACUUGCGAAGAUUCUCCACAAUGUACCUAGUCUUCGUUGUUAUGCUUAAGACCAGUUCUAUGCCACCAGUUCUAUGCCACCACCAGUUCUACGCCACCAGUACUAUGCCCCCACCAGUUCUAUGCCACCAGUUCUACGCCACCAGUUCUAUGCCACCACCAGUUCUACGCCACCAGUUCUAUGCCCCCACCAGUUCUAUGCCACCAGUUCUACGCCACCAGUUCUAUGCCCCCACCAGUUAUAUGCCACCAGUUCUACGCCACCAGUUCUAUGCCCCCACCAGUUCUAUGCCACCAGUUCUACGCCACCAGUUCUAUGCCCCCUCCAGUUCUAUGCCACCACCAGUUCUAUGCCACCAGUUCUAUGCCACCACCAGUUCUAUGCCACCAGUUCUAUGCCCCCUCCAGUUCUAUGCCACCAGUUCUAUGCCACCAGUUCUAUAAUACCACCAGUUCUAUGCCACCACCAGUUCUAUACCACCAUUUCUAUACCACCAGUUCUAUGCCACCAGUUCUAUGCCACCACCAGUUCUAUGCCACCAGUUCUAUGCCACCAGUCCUAUGCCACCAGUUCUAUAAUACCACCAGUUCUAUACCACCAGUUCUAUACCACCAGUUUUAUGCCACCAGUUCUAUGCUACCAGUUCUAUGCCACCAGUUCUAUGCCACCAGUUCUAUGCCACCACCAGUUCUAUGCCACCACCAGUUCUAUACCACCAGUUUUAUGCCACCAGUUCUAUGCUACCAGUUCUAUGCCACCAGUUCUAUGCCACCAGUUCUAUGCCACCACCAGUUCUAUGCCACCACCAGUUUUAUGCCACCAGUUCUAUGCUACCAGUUCUAUGCCACCAGUUCUAUGCCACCAGUUCUAUGCCACCACCAGUUCUAUGCCACCACCAGUUCUAUGCCACCAGUUCUAUGCCACCAGUUCUAUGCCACCAGUUCUAUGUCACAGCUCGUUGUGAGGCCAAAUUAUGAAAACAAAGAGUUGUAUAUAAACGAGGAAACAAGUGAUUGUGUCUCUAACACUCUCCUCUCCUAUUCUGUUCUAUUCUCUGCCUCUUCCAAUAGGGUGGGCUUUAUGUGUUCAAGCUGUUUGACUACUACUCUGCCAGCGGAAUGUGCCUGCUCUUCCUGGUUUUCUUCGAGUGCGUCUCCAUAUCCUGGUUCUACGGUGAGUCAGUGACAUCACUUCCUGUUAGUGCUAUGGUGACAUCACUAACCUGACGUUGAUGACCAUGUCUUCAGACUGAUGUGUAAAGAAUUGUCCAGCGCAACUCAAUAGUCUGUGUGCAAAAGUAUUGGGGUCCGCUCAACAUAAUAGUCUUUGGGUCUGCUUAACGUAAUAGUCUUUGGGUCUGCUCAACGUACUAGUCUUUGGGUCUGCUCAAUGUAAUAGUCUUUGGGUCUGCUCAACAUAAUUGUAUUUGGGUCUGCUCAACAUAAUAGUCUUUGGGUCUGCUCAACGUACUAGUCUUUGGGUCUGCUCAACAUAAUAGUCUUUGGGUCUGCUCAACGUACUAGUCUUUGGGUCUGCUCACAUAAGUCUUUGGGUUCUCAAUGCUAGUCUUUGGGUCUGCUCAACAUAAUAGUCUUUGGGUCUGCUCAAUGUACUAGUCUUUGGGUCUGCUCAAUGUAAUAGUCUUUGGGUCUGCUCAACGUAAUAGUCUUUGGGUCUGCUCAAUGUAAUAGUCUUUGGGUCUGCUCAACGUAAUAGUCUUUGGGUCUGCUCAACGUAAUAGUCUUUGGGUCUGCUCAAUGUAAUAGUCUUUGGGUCUGCUCAAUGUAAUAGUCUUUGGGUUGCUCAAGUAAUAGUUUGGGGUCUGCUCAGAAAUAGUUUUGGGUCGGGCCUCAAUGUUUGUAAAGUCUUUGGGUCUUCAAUGUUUAAUAGUUUUGGGUCUGCUAAAGUAAUAGUCUUUGGGUUGCUCAAGUAAUAGUCUUGGGUCUGCUCAAUGAAAUAGUCUUUGGGUCUGCUAAAGUAAUAGUUUUGGGUUGCUCAAGUAAUAGUCUUUGGGUCUUGCCCGUAAAUAAGUCUUGGGUAAAGGUUGGGCUGCUCGCUUCGAGUUGGUACAAAUUCAUAUCUAAAGGACUGCUCAGUUGAGUGCAGCUUCUUGUCUUCAAUCAUAGGACAUUUGACCUACAAUGUCUUGUAUAUGUUGCAGGUGCCGAUAAGUUCCUUGCCAACAUUGAGGAGAUGAUUGGCCACAGUUUAGACUGCCUUGUUGGUCGAAGUACUCUUUGGGGUGCAAGUAGGGUUCAACGGGGUGGCUAAUCUGUUCGUUUGUCUACUCUUCUGUCUCUUUCUCAGAGAAGAGCGCUGUGAGUAGAGUCGGCUCUCAGAGAGUUGGGAGCCGGGUGGCAGGGCGAGGUGAGGCUGGAGUGGGGGUCCAAGGAGCGAGAUAUCGAGGGCGGACGAGAGAGGAGAGAGGAAGGAGAGAGCGAGCAGAGAGAAGGAGGAUAGGAGAACGAGGGAGAGAGGACGAGAGGGGAGAGAGCGAGAGGAGCCGGGAGGAAGACAGGAGAGGAGAGAGAAGAGAGGAGAGAAAGAGAGAGAGGAGAGGAGAGGAGAAGAGAAGACGAAGGAAGGAACGAGGAGAGAGGAGGGAAGGAGCGAGAGAGAGGAGCAGAGGGGCGGAGAGGAGACGAGAGAGGAGGACGAGCGCGAAGCGACGGAACGACCGAGCGAGCGCCCGCAGGCGAGAGACGAGAGAACGGAAGAGAGCGAAGAAGAGCGCGGAGAGGAGCGAGACGAGAGAGAGGAGAAGAAGAAGAGCGGAGAGGAAGCGAAAGAAAAGAGAGGAGAGAGAGGAGGGAAGAGAGAGGAGAGAGAGAGGGAAGGAGAGAGGAGAGAGAGAGGAGCAGGAGAGAGCGCGAGAAGAGACGAAAGGAGAGAGAGAGGAAGAAAGGACGAGAGAGAGAGAGAGGGAGAGAGAGAAGAGGAGGCGAAGAGAAGAGAGGGAGAGAAGCGAGAGAGAGAGAGAGAGAAGAGAGAAAGAAAAAGGGAGAGAGAGCGUAGAAAAAGCGAGCGAGAAGAUAUGAUGCCAAGAAAGAGAGAUAGGAACCGAGCAGUGAUGCAGAGAGCAUCGGGGACAAGAGCUAAGGCGAUACGAAAUACCAGAGAGAAAGUCAGAGAGGCUCCCCUCUCUCUUCCUCCUCUCUCUUCUCUCACACAUAUUCUCUCUCUCUAUCUAUCCCUCCUCCUCUCUCCUUCCUCACCCCCUCAUCCUUCUCUCUCUAUAUCUCUUCCCCUGUCUCAGUCUUUCUUCUCUCUACACUCUUAAAGCAUAGCACUACAAAUCAAUGUCAAAUCAUGAAUUUUGGUCAACUACCACAAUGUAUACAACUGUCUGGUGUUAUUGUAUGGAGGGCUGUUAGUGCCAAAAAUAAAGAACAAACUAUACAACAUAUUUUUGUCAUUAACAACUCUCCAUAUUCCUGCAACCUUGGUCAAAUCAAAUCAAAUGAAAUUGUAUUUGUCACAUGUGCCGAAUACAACAGGUGUAGACUUUACCGUGAAAUGCUGACUUACGAGCCCUUUCCCAACAAUGCAGAGUUAAAAAGUAAGAAAAAUUAGCUCAAAUAAAAAAGGAAAUAGUAACACAAUAAAAUAACAAUAAUGAAGCUAGAAGCAGUAGAGGUACUGAGUCAAUGUGCAGGGGUACGAGGUAGUUGAGGUUGAGGUUGUAUAUGUAGGCGGUCAUCCCCCUCUUCAAAGGGGGUGACACUCUAGUUUCAAACUGCUACAGACCUAUAUCCAUCCUGCCCUGCCUUUCGAAAGUAUUUGAAAGCCUAGUUAACAAACAGAUCACAGACCAUUUCGAAUCCCACCGUACCUUCUCCGCUAUGCAAUCUGGUUUCCGAGCUGGUCAUGGGUGCACCUCAGCCACGCUCAAGGUCCUAGACGAUAUAAUAACCACGAUCGAUAAAAGACAGUACUGUGCAGCCAUCUUCAUCAACCUGGCCAAGGCCUUUGACUCUGUCAAUCACCGCAUUCUAAUUGGCAGACUAAAUAGCCUUGGUUUCUCAAAUGACUGCCUCGCCUGGUUCACCAAUUACUUCUCAGAUAGAGUUCAAUAUGUCAAAUCGGAGGGCCUGUUGUCUGGACCUAUGGCAGUCUCUAUGGGGGUGCCACAGGGUUCAAUUCUCAGGCCGACUCUAUUCUCUGUGUAUAUCAAUGAUGUCGCUCUUGCUGCUGGUGACUCUCAGAUCCACCUCUAUGCAGACGACACCAUUUUGUAUACAUCUGGCCCUUCAUUGGACACUGUGUUAACAAAUCUCCAAACGAGCUUCAAUGCCAUACAACACUCCUUCCGUGGCCUCCAACUGCUCUUAAACGCUAAUAAAACUAAAUGCAUGCUCUUCAAUCGAACGCUGCUUGCACCCGCCCGCCCGACUAGAAUCACUACUCUCGACGAGUCUGACUUAGAAUAUGUGGACAACUACAAAUACCUAGGUGUCUGGUUUCCAAUAGGUUGUUCUUCUGUCUUCUCUUCCAGGGAGUUUUCCUGUUCAGUGCUGUCCAGAUGGUUCCUCUCACCAUGAACAACUAUGUGUUCCCCGCCUGGGGCCAGGGAGUGGGCUGGUGCAUGGCCCUGUCCUCCAUGCUCCUGAUACCUGGAUACAUGAUCUACAUGUUCCUCAACCUCAAGGGGGAUUACAAAGAGGUAUGGACAUCUUCUUCUUUCUUCCUCAGCUGCUGCCAAUCACUAUAUAUAUAUAUAUAUUAUAUAUAUAUAUAUAUGUAUAUAUAUAUGUAUAUAUAUAUAUAUAUAUAUAUAUAUUAUAUAUUAUAUAUAUAUAUAUAUAUAUAUAUAUAUGUAUAUUGUAUUUGUAUUUAUUAUGGAUCCGCAUUAGUUCCUGCCAAGGCAGCAGCUACUCUUCCUGGGGUCCAGCAAAAUUAAGGCAGUUAUGCAAUUUUUAAAACAUUACAGUACAUUUCACAACAGAUAUCUCAACACAUUAAGUGUGUGCCCUCAUGCCCCUACUACAUCCAUACAACACUAAAUCCAUGUGUACGUGUUUGUAGAGUGCGUGUGUUAGCAUGCGUAUGUGUAUGUGUGUGUCUGUAACUGUGUGUGUGUGUGUGUCUCUUCACAGUCCCCGCUGUUCCAUAAGGUGUAUUUUUAUCUGUUUUUUAAAUCUGAUUCUACUGCUUGCAUCAGUUACCUGUUGUGGAAUAGAGUUCCAUGUAGUCAUGGCUCUAUGUAGUACUGUGCGCCUCCCAUAGUCUGUUCUGGACUUGGGGACUGUGAAGAGACCUCUGGUGGCAUGUCUUGUGGGGUAUGCAUGGGUGUCUGAGCUGUAUGCUAGUAGACACUACUUGUAUUUGUGAGAGGUAUUGACAUGUUGACUGCACCGAGCUGUCUGUUUAAUCUUUCCUCUACUUUGAGCCAGGAGAGAUUGACAUGCAUAUUAUUAAUACAAGCUCUCUGUGUAUAUUUAAGGGUCAGCCGUGCUGCCCUGUUCUAGGCCAAUAGUAAUUUUCCUAAGUCCCUCUUUGUGGCACCUGACAACACGACUGGACAGUAGUCCAGGUGCGACAAAACUAGGGCCUGUAGGACCUGCCUUUUUGAUAGCGUUUUUAAGAAGGCAGAGCAGCGCUUUAUUAUGGACAGACUUCUCCCCAUCUUAGCUACUGUUGCUUCAAUAUGUUUCAACCAUGACAGUUUACAAUCCAGGAUUACUCCCAAGCAGUUUAGUCUCCUCAACUUGCUCAAUUUCCACAUUAUUCAUUACAAUAUUUAGUUGAAGUUUAGGGUUUAGUGAAUGAUUUGUCCCAAAUACAAUGCAUUUAGUUUUUGAAAUAUUUAGUACUAAUUGAUUUCUUGCCACCCAUUCUGAAACUGACUGCAGCUCUUUGUAAAGUGUUGCAGUGAUUUCACUCGCUGUAGAAGCUGACGUGUAUGGUGUUGAGUCAACAGCAUACACUACAUGUUAUGACAAGUUUCUCGGGUGUUCAAGUAAUCAAAGAUGUAAGAAUGUAGUUGGACACUUUGUAGAAAGUUAAUGCAAAUGUUUUAUUAAUCGGUACCGGGUUAGAGACAACAAUGGACAGAGCUUUGCCUUUUGCUGUUUCCAACUAUCGAACAAAGAUUCACUCUCCCUUAUAUACCCUUAGUUAUCUUCCUUUCACAUACAUCUGGCACUCCCUUUCUCUGUUGUUAUUACCCUUUGCCCCAGGUCAUUAUAUCCUGUCCAUCAAUCACACGACCCUAAACAUCACUAAUCUCCUUUGACAUAAGGAAUGUAGACUUCAUGCCCCAAAACCAAUUAUCUCAUAACUACCUCGGUCCUCACACUAUUAUGACAUGACAUCAUUACACUACCGUUCAAAAGUUUGGGGUCACUUAGAAAUGUCCUUGUUUUCCAUGAAAACAUACAUGAAAUUAGUUUGAAUAGGAAAUAUAGAAAAAUGAACAGGAAAUGUAGUCAUUGACAAGGUUAGAAAUAAUGAUUUUUAAUUGAAAUAAUAAUUGUGUCCUUCAAACUUUGCUUUCGUCAAAGAAUCCUCCAUUUGCAGCAAUUACAGCCUUGCAGACCUUUGGCAUUCUAGUUGUCAAUUUGUUGAGGUAAUCUGAAGAGAUUUUACCCCAUGCUUCCUGAAGCACCUCCCACAAGUUGGAUUGGCUUGAUGGGCACUUCUUACGUACUAUACGGUCAAGCUGCUCCCACAACAGCUCAAUAGGAUUGAGGUCCGGUGACUGUGCUGGCCACUCCAUUAUAGACAGAAUACCAGCUGACUGCUUCUUCCCUAAACAGGUCUUGCAUAAUUUGGAGCUGUGCUUUGGGUCAUUGUCCUGUUGUAGGAGGAAAUUGGCUCCAAUCAAGCGCUGUCCACAGGGUAUGGCAUGGUGUUGCAAAAUGGAGUGAUAGCCUUCCUUCUUCAAGAUCCCUUUUACCCUGUACAAAUCUCCCACUUUACCACCACCAAAGCAACCCCAGACCAUCACAUUGCCUCCACCAUGCUUGACAGAUGGCAUCAAGCACUCCUCCAGCAUCUUUUCAUUUGCUCUGCGUCUCACAAAUGUUAUUCUUUGUGAUCCGAACACCUCAAACUUUGAUUCGUCUGUCCAUAACACUUUUUUCCAAUCUUCCUCUGUCCAGUGUCUGUGUUCUUUUUCCCAUCUUUAAUCUUUUAUUUUUAGUGGCCAGUCUGAGACAUGGCUUUUUCUUUGCAACUCUGCCUAGAAGGUCAGCAUCCCGGAGUCGCCUCUUAACUAUUGACGUUGAGACUGGUGUUUUGUGGGUACUAUUUAAUGAAGUUGCCAGAUGUGGACCUGUGAGGCGUCUGUUUCUCAAACUAGACACUCUAAUGUAUUUGUCCUCUUGCUCAGAUGUGCACCGGGGCCUCCCACUCCUCUUUCUAUUCUGGUUAGAGACAGUUUACGCUGUUCCGUGAAGGGAGUAGUACACAGCGUUGUACGAGAUCUUCAGUUUCUUGGCAAUUUCUUGCAUGGAAUAGCCUUCAUUUCUCAGAACAAGAAUAGACUGACGAGUUUCAGAAGAAAAUUAUUUGUUUCUGGCCAUUUUGAGGCUAUAAUCGAACCCACAAUUGCUGAUCCUCCAGAUACCCAACACGUCUCAAGAAGGCCAGUUUAUUGCUUCUUUAAUCAGCACAACAGUUUUCAGUUGUGCUAACAUAAUUGCAAAAGGGUUUUCUAAUGAUCAAUUAGCCUUUUUUUUAAAUGAUAAACUUGGAUUAGCAAACACAAUGUGCCAUUGGAACACAGGACUGAUGGUUGCUGAUAAUGGGCCUCUGUACGCCUAUGUAGAUAUUCCAUAAAAAAUCAGCCGUUUCCAGCUACAAUAGCCAUUUACAACAUUAACAAUGUCUACACUGUAUUUCUGAUCAAUUCGAUGUUAUUUUAAUGGACAAAUUUUUUUUGCUUUUCUUGUUCGAAAACAAGGACAUUUCUAAGAGAUCCCAAACUUUUGAACGGUUGAGUACGUAGACACAUAGGUCAUUAGUAAAUACUUUAAAAAGUAAGGAGGAGCUUUUUAGCAGACACUUUUAUCCAAAGCAACUUAGUCAUGCAUGCAUACAUUUAUUGUUUUCCCGGGAAUCGAACCCACUAUCCUGGCGUUGCAAGAGCUCACAUACUGUCUCACAUGCUGUAUAUUCAGAGUCAAGGGGCGGCCAUUUUCUGUCCACAAAACAGCACAGCCCUUCGCAACUCCUAAAGCUUAAUAUAAAGAAAUAACCAUAUCAUGUGUCUCAGAAAGAGAUCCGUCUCGAAGGACAAAUGGCCUGCAGCUGAGAGUUUGGGGGCUUGCUUCCCAAGCUGUAGGAUUUUGUAGUAUUUUAAAUAAAUGGGAAGGCACUUAAUCCAAAACAAGUUUGGAAUAUUGCUGCUGGCGAUUACUGUUUUGAUCUUAAUCCGCAUAAAUAAUCGUUGCAUUCUCACAGACACAGUAGAAGCAAAGUUUGAGGACAGCAAAUGUUGCCCGUUAUGUCUUGAGCGUCAUGGCUCGAGCAUUAUGUCUUAGACUUGGACAGACUCAGACAGACAAAUACAGUGCCUUCAGAAAGUAGUCACACCCCUUGACUUAUUCCACAUUUUGUUGUGUUCCAGCCUGAAUUCAAAAUGGAUUAAAUAUAUUUUUCUCUCUCACCCAUCUACACACAAUACCCCAUAAUGACAAAGUGAAAACAUGUUUUUAGAAAUGUUAGGACAUUUAUUGAAAAUGAAAUGCAGAAAUAUCGAAUUUACAUAAGUAUUCACACCCCUGAGUCAAUACAUGAUAGAAUCACCUUUGGCAGCGAUUACAGGUGUGAGUAUUUCUGAGUAAGUCUCUAAGAGCUUUCCACACCUAGAUUGUGCAACAUUUGCCCAUUAUUUUUUUUCAAAAUUCUUGGUCUUUGAUCAUUGCCAGAGGUUAUUGUCCUGCUGAAAGGGGAAUUCAGCUCCCAGUGUCUGGUGGAAAGCAGACUGAACCAGGUUUUCCUCUAGUCUCCCAGUGUCUGGUGGAAAGCAGACUGAACCAGGUUUUCCUCUAGUCUCCCAGUGUCUGGUGGAAAGCAGACUGAACCAGGUUUUCCUCUAGUCUCCCGGUGUCUGGUGGAAAGCAGACUGAACCAGGUUUUCUCUAGUCUCCCGGUGUCUGGUGGGAAAGCAGGACUGAACCAGGUUUCCUCUAGUCUCCCAGUGUCUGGUGGAAAGCAGACUGGACCAGGUUUUCCUCUAGUCUCCCAGUGUCUGGUGGAAAGCAGACUGAACCAGGUAUUUCCUCUAGUCUCCCAGUGUCUGGUGGAAAGCAGACUGAACCAGGUUUUCCUCUAGUCUCCCAGUGUCUGGUGGAAAGCAGACUGGACCAGGUUUUCCUCUAGUCUCCCAGUGUCUGGUGGAAAGCAGAGUGAACCAGGUUUUCCUCUAGUCUCCCAGUGUCUGGUGGAAAGCAGACUGAACCAGGUUUUCCUCUAGUCUCCCAGUGUCUGGUGGAAAGCAGACUGAACCAGAUUUCCUCUAGUCUCCCAGUGUCUGGUGGGAAAGCAGACUGAACCAGGUUUUCUCUAGUCUCCCAGUGUCUGGUGGAAAGCAGGGACUUGAACCAGGUUUUCUCAGUCUUUCCCAGUGUCUGGUGGAAAGCCGACUGAACCAGGUUUUCCUCUAGUCUCCCAAGUGUCUGGUGGAAAGAAGACUGAACCAGGUUCGUCCUCUAGUCUCCCAGUGUCUGGUGGAAGGGUGGAAAAGCAGACUGAACCCGGUUUUUCCUCUAGUCUCACAGUGUCUGGUGGGAAAGCAACAUAACCAGGUAUUUCCUUAGUCUCCCAGUGUAUUGGUCCGGAAACGCACGACUGUAACCAGGUUUUUUUCCUCUAGUCUCCCAGUGUAUGGUGUUGAAAGCAGACUGAACCAGGGUUUUCCUCUAGUCUCCCAAGUGUCUGGUGGAAAGCAGAACUGAACCAGGUUUUGCCUCUAGUCUCCCAGUGUCUGGUGGGAAAAGCAGACAAUGAAACCCAGGUUUUCCUCUAGUCUCCCAGUGUCUGGUGGAAAGCAGACUGAACCAGGUUUUCCUCUAGUCUCCCCAGUGUCUGGUGGACAGCCGAUGAACAGGUUUUCACUAUAGUCUCCCAGGUCUGGUGGAAAGCAGACUGAACCAGGUUUUUCCUUAGUUCUCCCCAGUGUCUGGUGGACAGCAGACUGACCAGGUUUUCCUCUAGUCUCCCAGUGUCUGGUGGAAAGCAGACUGAACCAGGGUUUCCUCUAGUCUCCCAGUGUCUGGUGGAAAGCAGACUGAACCAGGUUUUCCUCUAGUCUCCCAGUGUCUGGUGGAAAGCAGACUGAACCAGGUUUUCCUCUAGUCUCCCAGUGUCUGGUGGAAAGCAGACUGAACCAGGUUUUCCUCUAGUCUCCCAGAGUCUGGUGGAAAGCAGACUGAACCAGGGUUUCCUCUAGUCUCCCAGUGUCUGGUGGAAAGCAGACUGAACCAGGUAUUUCCUCUAGGAGUUUGCGUGUGCUUGGCUCCUUUCUGUUUCUUUUUUUUCAUCCUGAAAAACUCCCCAGUCUUUAACGAUUACAAGCAUACCCAUAACAUGAUGGGCAUAACGUGAUGCACCCACCACUAUGCUUUCAUACCUGUAUAAUUAAAAAAAGUUUGAAAAGGUAGUGGAAUGGAUUUAGUGUGGUGUGUGAAGAAUCCAAUACUUUAACUUGUUUGCGGUACAAAUCACAUUAUUGUGGGAUCACCUCCUCUAAUAGUAUAAAUUCGGAUGUUUGAAAAGGUUUGAAUCCUAAGCAACCUGCAUACACAUAGUUUGAAGUACAGUAGACCAACAUAGCUACUGUAGUAGGUCAAAGCUGUGUGCUGGAAACCCUUGGUAGAGCAUGGGUGCAUUGUGGAGUUCAUGUGAAUUUAGUUUCUUUUUCGGCUUCAGACCAAUCCCUACUUCUACCUUAAAAUGUAGUUUUUUGUUUAGAAUUUUUAGACUUAGGCAUUGGUAUACAUAUAGAACUAGACAGAGACAGAGACAGAGACAGAGACAGAGACAGAGAGACAGAGAAGAGAACGAAAACUAGACAGAGACAGAGAGACAGAGAGACAGAGAGACAGAGACAGAGACAGAGACAGAGACAGGACAGGACAGAGACAGAGACAGAGACAGAGACAGAGAGACAGAGAAAGAGAAAGAGACAGAAAACUAGACAGAGACAGAGACAGAGACAGAGACAGAGACAGAGACAGAGACAGAGACAGAGACAGAGACAUACACAUAAAACUAGACAUAGACAGAGACAGAGACAGAGACAGAGACAGAGAGACAGAGAAAGAGACAGAAAACUAGACAAAGACAGAGACAGAGACAGAGACAGAGACAGAGACAUACACAUAAAACUAGACAUAGACAGAGACAGAGACAGAGACAGAGACAGAGACAGAGACAUACACAUAAAACUAGACAUAGACAGAGACAGAGGCAGAGGCAGAGACAGAGGCAGAGACAGAGGCAGAGAACAGAGACAGAGACAGAGACAGAGACAGAGACAGAGACAGAGACAGAGACAUACACAUAAAACUAGACAUAUACAGAGACAGAGACAGAGGCAGAGACAGAGGCAGAGACAGAGGCAGAGACAGAGACAGAGACAUAAAACUAGACAGAGACAGAGAGAGACAGAGACAUACACAUAAAACUAGACAGAGACAGAGACAGAGACAGAGACAGAGACAGAGACAGAGACAUAAAACUAAACAGAGACAGAGAGAGACAGAGACAUAAAACUAGACAGAGACAGAGAGAGAUCGAGACAUACACAUAAAACUAGACAGAGACAGAGACAGAGACAGAGACAGAGACAGAGACAGAGACAGAGACAGAGACAGAGACAGAGACAUAAAACUAGACAGAGACAGAGAGAGACAGAGACAUACACAUAAAACUAGACAGAGACAGAGACAGAGACAGAGACAGAGACAGAGACAGAGACAGAGACAUAAAACUAGACAGAGACAGAGACAGAGACAGAGACAGAAAACUAGACAGUGACAGAGAGAGACAGAGACAUACACAUAAAACUAGACAGAGACAGAGACAGAGACAGAGACAGAGACAGAGACAGAGACAGAGACAGAGACAGAGACAGAGACAGAGACAGGUACAUGAAACAUAGACAUAAAACUAGACAGAGACAGAGACAGAGACAGAGACAUAGACAGAAAACUAGACAGAGACGGAAACAGAGACAUGGACACAGACAUAGACAGAGACAGAGACAGAGACAGAGACAGAGACAGAGACAGAGACAGAGACAGAGAGACAGAGAGACAGAGACAUAAAACUAGACAGAGACAGAGACAGAGACAGAAAACUAGACAGAGAUGGAAACAGAGACAUGGACACAGACAUAGACAUAGACAUAGACAGAGACAGAGACGGAGACAGAGACAGAGACAGAGACGUACCUAUUGGCCAUCAAUUUAUUGAUUUAACAUAUUCCUUUAUGUGUAUUUUCACAGGAAUGGGUGGAAUAAGGUUGUCAGAUCCCGUCCAAAUAUCUGUCUGUGAACAUACACAUACUAAGAAAUAGACAUAGACAUAGACGUUCAGUUGAAAAGGUCAUAGAGAGGAAUAUGAGGCCGGUCAGUGAAAGACUGAUCAGUAAUUGUUGGUUUGGGUGUUGUCAAGGAUGGAGCGCUGCGGUCAUCACUUGUAACGAGAUGAGCAGCUGUCAGCCCCUUUGUGUCAGUCAGUGGAGUCUUGAUUGCCUAAAUUGUAGCAAUCAGUUCCUUGAUUAGUAUGUGCCAAGCAGCAGACGGAGGCUGGUUCUCGCAGACACUGAGCCAGCUAGCUAUCUAGUGCAUUAUACAAUGUUUAGCAAGAUUUUCGAUGGCAGCAAUGCGAAAGCUUAAUUUACUGCAGUGGGCUAAAUCAGGGUCACACAGAGUGUUUCUUGGUAGUCUUAAACAAAUCUACUUUGAAACAGAAGUACACACCUCACACACAUGGUUAUGGGCUUUAAAAAAAGAAGACACCUGUACCAUGUCAGAUAUAGAGUUGAAGUGUAUUCAAUUUGGAGUUUUCCUCCCAAUAUUACACUUUAUAUACAUCACAGAAGACUGAAAUAUAACAAAACCAUUUGACAUAGAAACACCGGAUUUUUGGCGGCUUUUUUGAAAUAAUGUUUAUUCAUUAUUAAAUAAUGAAAAAUAUUAAUAAUAUUCCACCCAUGAGGCCACUAGGUCAUUUGACUGCAGGAAAGGGCUACAGAUGUCAGCAAGCGGACUGAUGUUUUUAGAAACAUAUGGUUUCGUUGCAGCGUCUGCAGAUAGCAUGGUAAAGUUGUAACUCACUGCCAACAAUGCCUAAAGAUGUCAGCACAGCUGUCGUAUUUUGAAUGUAUCGUUCUCUUACACAUUGCAGCGUCUGCGGAUAAUGAUCCAGCCCCCGGUGAUGGUGAAAGGAGAACGCCAGGAGAACGGCCCUGAGCAGACUGCAGCAGAAGCAGAGAACCUGGCCCCAGCCACUGAAGAGGCUUACAUUUAAACCACGUUACAUCUGAACCCCUGCCCGUCUCCGAGGCCAACUCUCUGCAGAAAACAACGUAAUCAAGGUGAAGCGCAACCAAGGGAUUCGUCCCAAAUGGCACUGUAUUCUCUAUGUAGUGCACUACGUUUGACCAGGGC